UGGCCGCAGCCAGUUAUUGAGCGGGUGGUUGUUGCCGUUCUUGUUGUAAAUAUCAUUCGUAAACUUAAUCAUAGUGGUAUAGAAUUCACAUAAAGUUGAAAUAAGGUGAAGUGUAACAUAGAAAUAUCAAAAAUUAGAGUUUUGCAUCAAUUACUAACAUAAGCGCUACAUGGCACGGGGUGAUGGCCACCAUUGGGAGGAAGAUGAAUUGCUGUAUUCCAGCCGCGAUAGUGAUGACAGCCCUAUACUUUCCUACAGGAAUGAGAAAUAUCGUCGGUUAUCGUCAUACAUACGCGAGGGCAAGACGGAGGAACGGGAGAGGAGGUCCACGUUCAGUGUGCUGGCGAAAUUCUUCCUCUUCAGUACAGCGAUGAUACUCUUCUGUGUGCUGCUGUACAUACCUGUAUACCAUAGGGCCAAUGACCAGGUGCUGAAACCCGCAGUAGCUGGUUGGACAAUAAACACAAAUAGAGAUACAAAAAUAUAUGUACAACCAAACAAUGUUACAACGAUACACGAACCAAAGGAUGUCUGUAAUAAAAAUAGUAAAGAAAAGAAGAAACUAUUACUUUUAAUAUUCGUAUGUUCUGCAACAUCCAACUUCCAUAAAAGAGUCGUUAUAAGAGAAACAUGGGGGAAUUACAAGAGUUAUCUAACUUUAUCUAAAAUAUCAUAUGCGGUAAAAGAAAAGUACAAAAAUUACAAUUCAAGUCUAGAGGUAGAUGCAACAGAUGGUAAUAUAAGUACUAAUUUAGAUAGAACACAAAGAGAUAUAUCCGGUUUUGGACAAUUGUUACCGGAAUUAGUUAAAGCUGUGCAAAGUAAUAUUGCUAAAGCAACAGAAAUUGUUGAUGAGAAACGUUUCGAAGAAGAUGACGAUAAAAUGUUGCCAGAAUUCGAUAUGAAUAGAGUUUUAGGUGAUCAAGAAGAUAAUUAUGUUUAUGAUGAUUACGAGAAGAAUAUAAUGGAAAUACCACCGAGAGGUUACGAAGAAUCUCCUGAUUUAGGAAGAAUUAUGUCUUUAUUGAAACAUAUAAAGACGUUUCCUAAAUAUAAUCCAGAGUUGGAAAACGAUAGUAUUAGUGACCCUGAUUUUAAAUUAGUUUUUCUAUUAGGAUUACCGCAGAGUGAUAAUAAUACAGAAGUACAAGAGAAGAUUGAUGCAGAAGUUGCUAAAUACGGGGAUGUAAUUCAAGAGGGUUUUAUCGAUUCUUAUAAUAAUUUAACUUUAAAGUCUAUUAUGAUGUUAAAGUGGUUUAAUCACAAUUGCAAUGAUAGUGUCCGUUACAUAAUGAAGGCGGAUGACGAUACGUAUAUAAAUAUGCCCAAUCUGGUCUCGCAUCUGCGAUCCCGUGCUAAGAAGUUUGACGAAAGCGCCCAAAAGAACAGCAAGGAGUACAUGCUAAUAGGCGGACUUAUAUGCGGCGCUAGACCGGUACAGGAUAUCAAUAGCAAGUGGUACAGUCCGCGGUACAUGUACCCGGGGCGUGUCUACCCGCGCUACCUGUCGGGCUCGGGCUACGCGCUGUCGGCGGAUACCGCGCGCGUUCUGUACGCCUCCGUGCUCACCACCACAUACUUCCAUCUAGAAGAUAUCUUCAUCACUGGUAUAUGUGCGUUGCGAUCCACCCCUCGUAUGGUGGCGCGGGAUGAGCCAGGCUUUGCUCUGACUCCGCUAUACUCGCCUUGCGAAGCGCACGCCCGCAUCUCCGGGCACCGCGUGCCGCUCACACAAAUGAGAGCACUGCACCGCACGCUGCUGCAGCCCGCCCUCGUUGAUAAGUGUGAAAGAAAACGCCUAGAACAGGUGAGGAAAACAUCGACUGCGACAACUCGCGCGCCACCUAACGAAAAGAAACACCGUCGCUUCUAUAAAGCACCACCGAAAUGCAAAUAAUACGAAGAGAAUUAAAGAAAGCUCUGUUACGGAACUAUUCAAGAGGAACAGACCUUAGGCCGCGUACGCAUGAUGCGGUCAGAUGGAGAAAACAUACGAUUUACAGCAUAACUAACAGCAAUCUGAAAAAAUCUUAUAAAAACCCUUAAAAAACAAGAUGUAACCGAGUGUUACAACUAGUGUUUUUGGUCAAAUGCCAGUUAACAUCGUUCUGGUUACCCGCAUAAUGCGUAUAGGCCCUUCUGACUACUAAGGACAAUAAAACAUAAUCCCUACGAAAUAGAGGUUUUAUCAAGUCACAUGUGAAAUAAAAUCCAUACAAGCGUUGAAUUUGUGCCAAUAUUAACAUCAUAACCUUUCUCAUUAUAUUAUAAGAUUUUUUCUCUAGUAAUUCUAGGGUUUCAAAACCUUCGGGGUACCUCCCGGAGAUGUUGCAAACACAAUUUUUUAAUUAUUAUUUGUGAUUUACUAAUACUAGUCGAAUAAUGAAUCUCAAAUCACAGCUUAUUCGAUAUAAGAUAUUUUCUUUAUCAAUAAUAAUGUACAAAAUAAUAUUAGUAUAGUAAAUACGAUAUUCGGUAUCGAAGAUAUACUACUAACAACGGCGGAUCCAGGGGGUCAUGACCCCUGAGCUGGUUGGCAAAGAGCUUGACAAAAUGUAUUUACAUUUGUCAAGCUUUUGACUUGACCAUGAC